AUCGCAGUAGGCAUGGUCAAGCUGUUGCCCCUCCCCCCGCACCUCAUUAAUCUCAGGUAUAGCCUUUCAUUCAUUUAUAUGCAUGAGUGCGUACAUAUUUGUAAACAACCCUUAAUGUAAACUCGCACGUGACUAUCCCAUGUAUAUAGAUGCGGCCACUCAUUCAAGAACACGUUAAAGGAGAGGACGUAUGUCGAGAGUGGCCAACCCCUUUCUACGCCUGCAAAGACCAGAAGAAUCUUGGCUUACAACAUUCAUUCCUCUCCGGUUUUGAGAAGCCGGCCUAAGGUUUCGUAAGGGUCCGGAUCAGCCAAGCUGCCCUGGGAGUUUUAGCGCAAGAAAUCGCGGCCAAUCCUCCGCAGCCCUCAGGCAGGCCCAGACGUGUUGCCAGCCCGGUUUCCAAGGAUCACAUGAGCAGCUCUCGUCUUCCUAAUUGGGUCCUUCGAGGGCCGACACCUCCGGCGGAUCGUAGCCUUCUCGCCGCUGAGGAGUUGCGGCCGCCGAAUAAGGAAAACGGGGUCGGCGUGCAAUGGCCGAUACCUCCGGGAGUCCGCCGCGCAUUCUCUGCCUCUUUGACGUGGAUGGGACCCUUACCCCGGCUCGGCAGAAAAUUGAGCCUGAAAUAGCAGAAUUUCUUCAAGAGUUGCGUAAAAGAGUGAUGAUUGGGGUGGUUGGAGGCUCAGACUACUCCAAAAUAGCAGAACAGCUUGGAGAAGGGGAUGAAGUCAUAAACAAGUUUGAUUACGUCUUUGCAGAAAAUGGCACUGUGCAAUACAAGAAUGGGCAACUAGUCUCAAAGCAGGCUAUCCAGAACCAUCUUGGAGAGGAACUUUUGCAAGAGCUGAUCAACUUCUGCCUUAAUUACAUGGCUCUUCUAAAGUUGCCCAAGAAACGGGGAACAUUCAUAGAAUUUCGCAAUGGAAUGUUGAACAUCUCUCCCAUUGGUCGAAGCUGCAGCUUGGAAGAACGAAUAGAAUUUUCUGAACUGGACAAGAAAGAAAAGAUACGAGAGAAAUUUGUAGCAGCUCUGCAGAGGGAGUUUGCAGGCAAGGGACUGCGAUUUUCCCGAGGUGGCAUGAUUAGUUUUGACGUUUUUCCAGAGGGCUGGGACAAACGCUAUUGCCUCAACAUCCUUGAGGAUGAGAAAUUUGAUGUCAUACAUUUCUUUGGAAAUGAGACGACCCCUGGUGGGAAUGAUUAUGAAAUCUAUGAUGAUCCUCGGACAGUAGGACAUAGUAUCCACUCUCCCCAGGACACAGUUCGACGAUGUCGAGAGAUAUUCUUUUCAGAGACAAUGAACAGAUCUUGACUCUUGGAUCUUUUGCUGCUAUUCUUCUUGUUCACUUCAUAAAAGCACCUUUUGAAUUAUAAUCAAGGCUUGCUGAAGCCCAAGGUUGAAAUGCACUUUGGAAAUGGAGGUGAAGUGUGAAAAGGGAAAGAGAGUUAAAGUGCCAUCACCAGUUUGUAGUAGUAAGAAUCUGCAGAACUCUGACUGCCAUAUUUCAUCCUCCCAGCCCCUAAAACAAAAAGAUUUGUUUUAAGGAAACUGUGUCCUUUUUCUAAAACUGUGAGAGAGUAGGAGAGAAAUAGAAAACUGGUAAUCUCUUCAUAUAUUCACCCAAAUCAAUUUUUGAGAUUAAAAUAAUAAUAAUAGUAAGUUAAGUAGUAGGCUAGUUCUGCUUGCUGCUGGCUGCCAGCAGUCCGGCAGUUCAAUUCUCACUGGCUCAAGGUUGACUCAUCCUUCAUCCUUCUGAGGUCGGUAAAAUGAGGACCCAGCUUGUUGGGGGCAUUAUGCUGACUCUGUAAACCGCUUAGAGAGGGCUGUAAAGCACUGUGAAGCAGCAUAUAAGUCUAAGUGCUAUUGCAAUUAAAGGGAAAACAACCUUAUCUUUCAAAGUAUUUUUAUAUUCUUGAACCCAUAAAAUGGUCUGCCAUUUUUUUAAAAAAUUGGAAUCAGGUCUUUUUUCAAGCUAAUAAUAAAUAGGGAAAACACCCCUAAUCCAUUACUAGCCAUGCAGAAUGCAGAGGGAGGUAGAAAGUAAAUACAGAUCCUAUUGAAAGUGAUUAAUCAUAAGACAUCGCCAUUCUCAGCUUUCAGUAUCCAUUAGAAUAUUCUUCUGUGGUUUCUGAUCUAAUAUGUGAAAUCAUCUAUUUAAAGUAUGACUUUGGUGCUCAGGUUUAUUUUAUCAUAGAUAAUAUAUUUUUGGUCCAAUAAAAGUACAGUUUGUGUUUUGAGGUCAACACAUCUUAGUAGCCUUGCAUUUUACAACUGCACCUUCCCACAAUUAGGUCUGAGGAGCAGCCCUUGCUUUAGCUUCAGUUGUUAAAAUAUUGUUUGCUUGCACUUUCUUCCCAUUGCCCAGUCAGUCUGAAUCUUCAAGCAGGGUUGUACUUUAUCACCUUAGUUAUCCAACCUAAUUAGAGAAGUGCUGGCAAUAGCAUUUAGAUCUAAUAACCAGAUUAAUGGAAUAAAAAUGGGAGAUAUAUGCAUUAUAACUAAAAUAGUAAUAAAAUCUUUACAAAUAAUUAUGUACUAACUUGAAAAAAAUGAAAUAAAUGAAAAACUGGGCUUCAAAACAUUUCAAUAUUUUAGGAUGAACUGCAGUGAUUAAAAUGAAAAUUCUUGCACAGAUUUUUUAUUUCAGUGCCUCCUUGUGGUAACUCCUGAAUAGGCUUUAAGAUAUUGGCAAUAAAUAAAUAAAUAAAAAGCUUCUAUAGUAUUUUAAUGCACAAAAACUGAGAGUAAAUUAAAGAAUUUAUAUAGAUCACAAAAACAGGGAGGUUGGAUCAUGCCCAAUUUGUUAAUACAUUAUCAAGCAUUGCAGUAGGGCAUAUGAUUCUAUUUAUCCUGGGAAAGUUGUCUCAACAAUGAAUUCAUUUUGAAACUACCGUGUUUCCCCAAAAAUAAACCCCUCCCUGAAAAAAAGACCUACCCUGAUUUGUGGGGAUGAGCCUAAUAUAAGCCUAUUCCAAAAAUAAGCCCUAAUUAGGGACCCGCCUACUCUGUCCCACCUGGCUGCUGCAAUGGGGCAGGAGGCCGUGGAUGUGAGUUCCCACUGAUAGAAGAAGUGGGCAAGUCUUCCUCCUAUGGGAAGUGCGGUGUAGGAGUCACUUGGACCUCCGGUAGGGGCGUCCUGCCCCUCAAAAUGGCCUCUUGGAUUGGUUCUGCUGCCUGGGUUGAAAGCCCGGUCUGUCAUACGGACGGUCAUAUGGUCUGUCCUGCCUGGGCGUGUAUGAAUGGGAGGGCUGGGUGGCUGCCGAACCUGCUGCCGGCCGAAAGGACUGCCUGCGGAAAUAGAGAGUGGUAUGUUUGUCGGACCGUUUAUUAAGAUGAGCCAUGACCUUCCGCUUGUCCUUGUUUUCCACAAGGUACGGAACCAGGGCCUCCCCAAAGAGAUUGUUGCCCAGAUAGGGGCGGGUGCAAGACGCCAUUUGGCCUUGGUGUCGGCCUGCCAGUGUUUCAGCCAUAGCAUCCUUCUGGCUGUAAUGUUGGAGGCUAGAGACCUGGAAGCAAAGUUGGCCGACGGAAGCGUCGCAUCCGCAGUAUAGUCAGUUGCCGCCACCAUUUUGCUUAGGUCCUGGUGAGUCCGAAUGUCCUCAGAAGGGACUCUGGCCUGAAGCUGACGAAGCCAUAAGAGGGUGGUUUGGACAAAGAAGGACACACAAGUGGCCGUUUUGAUUGCCCAUGCCGCUGAUUGAUGGGUCUUUCGGAAAGUUUGGUCCCAUUUCCUGUCGUCCGCUUUAAGCGCCUCAGACAUGUCCCCAGCGACCGCAGUCUGGGACACCAGAGGGGUCCAGGCCUUGUCUACCUUGGGUACCUCUAGAGCCUCAGUUAGGUCUGUAGAGGUACUAAAAAUCUUUUUAUCUGUCCCGCUUAUAGAAGUAAAGGAGGAAGGGGAGACCUAUUGCUUUUUGAUCCCUUUAAGAAAUAUAGAAGGACAGAGAAUGUGGUGCUGGGCUGCCACCGUUUCAAAGAAUAUCGGAUUUGGACUAGAAUCCAAUGUGGCCUGCGGCUGAGGGAACUGAUCGAACCCUAUGUUUGCCGUUGAGGUGGCCUUGCGUUGGAUUAAAUAGAUCUCCCGAUGGGGAGGGUUCAGGGAGAAGUUCCUCUUCCUCUGAUAGAUUGAAGUCCGGCUGCUCCUCACCCUACGGAGAUGAGUAUCCACUAAUUGAGGAGGGUGCAGGAGAUGUGGGUUCCUGAAAUAUAGGGAUCCCCGUAGGAGGGACAUAAGGUGGCAUAGCUGAUGUGGGAGCCUGCUGCCCAGGUGGAUGGAAGGACAGUUCUGCUAGAGCGCGGUCCACAACCUUGGAUAGUUUUGAGCUUGCCUGCUGCCUCCUGUUCGGAGGUUUUGUGCCGGACGUAACUGGAGGAUGGGGAGGCAGUGCUCAUGGGUUGAGGCACCGUGGAAUCCUCCAUCCUGGGUUGAGCUGUCUCAGGGAAACUGAGGUGGAGCUCUGGCAGGCAAGCAGUUGGCGGAAGCGAAAUUGGAGCAAGUAACGAGGACUGCUCCCCUGACUACCCGACCGGAAAAUCAAAUCUAUUUGGGUUUUGGUCACGGCAAUUGAGGCUGAUGCCGAAGACACGGUUGGGGACCCACUAUGGGCUCUGCCCGGAGGCCUUAUGUGGCCAGUCAAGGUGCACCAGACAGCCCAAUGAAGGGUGCAGAGGGCCUGAGGAAAGGCCUGACAAGGAAAGGAUGAGGUUCAAAAUGGCGCCUGAGCCAUUUGAGCGUGGUAGCAAGUGGUAUGGAAACGCCCCUCAAAUGCAGAAGUUACGGAAAGAGACAGAAUUUGGCUUCAAUGCAAGAAAUGCAAUGGAAGAUAAUUGGAUUAUUGUACAAUGCCCAUUUUCCAUGAGAUAGGUGACAUGAAAAUUUGAUAGAUUGGCUGAUAAAUAGAACAUAACCUUCUCGGUACUUUACUCCUGUUAGGCUGCACAUACUGGAUAUAUCAAAAAUAUUCUUCUAAAUUUUGGAGGUGUUAAAGUCAUUUUUUUCAUUUGUGGUAGUCAUGCAAUAAAGCUAUAAAAUGGAUGCCUUUAACUACAAUACUUUCAUAUAACCAUGGCACUAAUUCAGAGACUUGAGAGCAGGCAUUUCAUCACUUGCUUCCUUCUUCAUAAAUUGUAUUGUGAUGCAAUUAGGUCUUAUAAAGAAAUAAAAGGAUGAUGAGAAGAAACUGGUACUAUGUUUCCCCAAAAGUAAGACCCGGUCUUAAUAUUUUCUUUUGCCUCCAAAAGAUGGAUCAGGUCUUAUUUUCGAGGAGUGUCUUACCUUAGGACCAUCACAGGCAGGCCUCCCACACCCCGACACCUGUUGUGCCACUGCUUGCUUUCUUCUGUGGCCGCUUCCCGCCACUUGCCACCAGACGCUAUGUGGCGCAUUGUGCUGUUGCCGCUGCUCACAGCAGGACACUGCAUGGUGCUUCGGGCCGCUUCUGCUCCCGCAGCACUUCAGGCCUCAUCCACUGCUCGCGGCAGGACACAUGGUACUUCAGCCCAAAGCGUUGCACAAGCAAGCACAAGCAGCCCGAAGUGCUGCACAAGCAAGUACAAGCAGCCUGAAGUGUGCAAGCAGUGGAAGCGGCCUGAAGCGCAUGUGACCAAGCACAAGCGGCCUGAAGCACUGCACGAGCAAGCAAAAGCAGCCCAAAGCGUGCGAGGAGCAGAAGUGGCCCGAAGCAUCAUAUGGUGUCCUGCCGUGAGCAGCAAUGGUGCAAUGCACCACAUGGCAUCCGGAAAAUGGCAGCAAGCAGCUGCAGAAGUAGUCAAGCAGCAGCAAGUGUCGGGGUGUGGGAGACCUGGCUGUGGUGGUCCUACUGGUAAGCGGGUGCGGGGCACAUAGGGCAGCUUUACCACCCCUAGCCCUGCCCUAGCUUAAUUUUGGGGGAUGCGCCUCACCCCAGAACUAGGGCUUAGUUUUGGAAUAGGGCUUAUAUUAGACCCACCCCCCCCCAAAAUCAAGCUAGGGCUUACUAUUAGGCUGGGUCUUACUUUUGGGAAACAUGAUAUUAUUAAUGUAAUGAAAUUGACCCAUUUUUUUCUGAAAUGCUGAGGCUUUUGCUUUAAAAUAAAUAUUGCCAGCUCUUCUUAGGUUAGUUUCCAUUCCUUUUCCAGCAGGUGGGAUAUGAAGUACUUAAUACAGGGAUCUACUUAUUACUGUGAAAGCCAAAAGUGUCUGUUUCUCAGAUGGAUCAAAAAACAGACCCCUCACUUUAUUAAGCAGGAAUGUUUAUUUUGAUGCCAUGUAUAUUAAAGAAAUCCAGCUAUUUUUCUGUAGCUACAGAUUUGUGGACUUUGUUGACAGGCAGCUUUUAUAUCAUUAUAAAAGUAUGACAUUAAUAAAAUUGAGUUAAACAUGAGAA